AUGGCCACAACAGCAAAGAAUGUGGUGGUGAUCCAGGAUGCAUCUAAAACACUUAAUUUAAGAGUUUUUUAUUGGAUUAUAAAUGGCUUAUCUCUUAAGCCAGAAGAUGUGGUGACCCUAGUUGCAAUCCUGCAUGAGGUUUAUCAUCCUAUGGGGUACAGAAUCACGGUGGAUAACAAGUUGCUUGGGGUAAACCAGAGGAUCAUCGAGCAAGAGCUUGCAAAUAAGAAACAAGACUACCUGAUGGAUGAGGGGCUUGCUCAGAUUGUUAAACACUACGCAUCAAAUAAGGUUGCAUUUAAGAUAAAGUUGUUUCCAGGAUCUUCACCAAAAGAUGUGGCUUUAGAACAGGCCACAAAACUCAAUGCAACUUGGGUGAUACUUGACAGGCAAAUGAAGAAAGAUAAGGAGUUUUUCCUGGAGAAGCUUUCUUGUGGUAUAUCUAUAUUAAGGCAUAACAAUCGGAUUGUUCGACUACGACCUAUAGAUCUCCCAGACGAAAUACCAUGUAACGGCCAUGAAACAUAUGAUGAAAGCUUACCAAGUGUUCCAUAUAAAGAUCUUUUCAACGUUGAUGUUUUCCCCAAGAGCACACUUGAAGUUGAUGAGUUGAACCAGAUACAAAGCAGGCCCUAUGAGGAAGAGGGGUGCUCAAAUAUUACUACCAAUACUAAUGAAAAAACAUGUCAGACAAUGGAUGGAACAGAAAUAAAUAGUAACCAAAUGAUUGACAAAAUAGAAAGAGAUGAGCAAGGCCAAGAUCAAGAACAGUUGCAAAGCAUGCCCCAUGAGACAGAGGAGGACACAACAAUUGUGAUUAAAAAUGAUCAAACAACUGCUCGAGAAAUAGGUGAUCAACCGAACCAAGAUGAAGAAAAGACAAACAACUUCCUCAAUGGUGAGAGGUGGGACUUGAGGAAUCCAGAAAAGAAUGAAGAAAUGAUUAAUCAACCAAUAGAUGAUCUGCUGAGCCGGAAUCAAGCACAGAUGCUGAGCAUAUCCAAUGGGGUUAUAUUGGAUGGAGAGGAAGAGAAAAUUAUUUUGGAAAACUCAAUGUCCACUUUCUGCUCUGUCUGCAAAACUAGACGACCAAAUAUUGGGUGGAAAAAGGAAUUUAGUUAUGAAGAACUCCAAGCAGCCACAGAUGCAUUUUCAUUGAAGAAUUGUCUCUCUGAAAGUGGAUCUCUAUUCACUUUCCAAGGCCAGAUGGAGGGAGGGAUGAAACUAGUGGUUAAGCAGCAUGAUGUAAGAAACACUCAAGUAAGGGAAAAAGUUAAUUCAGGAAUGCAAACCAUCCUCAAAGCUAGACAUAAGAAUGUGAUCAUGCUAUUUGGUUCAUCUACAGCAGAAUGUUUCCUGUUCACUGUAUAUGAGUAUGCAUGCAAUGGUUCACUUGACAAGUAUCUAUCAAAAGAAGGCUCCAGACCAUUGACUUGGAUAGAAAGGAAAAGAGUCGCAAUAGGCAUUGCCAGAGGUCUUAAGUACCUACAUGAAAAUAACAUUGUUCAUUGCAAUAUAAAACCAAGCAAUAUUCUUCUAACACAUGACUUCAAACCAAUGAUUGGAGAUUUUGGCUAUGGGAAAGAACUAGAUUUGAAGUCCUACAAAAAUAAAAACAAAGGGAAUUGCGAAUAUGCAGCACCAGAAUACCAGGAAAAGCGGAAAUUUUCAACUAAGACAGAUGUAUACUCAUUUGGUGUGGUUAUUUUAGAGUUGAUCACAGGGCGAAGGACUACAGAUUUAAUGUUGGAAGAUAAAUGCCUUGUUGAAUGGGCAAAGCCUCUUCUUAAAAGAAAGAAGUACUCAGAGUUGGUGGAUCCCAUAAUCAGAAACUCAUACGAAGAGGAACACCUUCGUUGGCUGGUCCAAGUAACAACACAAUGUCUAAAAAAGAAUCCUAAGGAAAGAUUAUCAAUGAAUAUGGUUGUUUCUGCAUUACAAGGCAUAGCAGAAAGUGAAACCUGCCACAUGACAGAAGACAUUACUCCAGCUAUAUCAGAUUCAACAAUUGUGCCAGACAUAAAUGGUUCACAAGGUCCAACAACAACAAAAGCUGAUGAGCAAAGUCAGGAAGAGGAGAAAAUCAAGAGCAGAUUCCAUGCGGAGGAAAAGAAGUUAAGACUAAUAAUUGAAAAUAAUCACUUUUACUCCGAUAAACUUGGCCAGAUUGAAGAACAGAUGCAGAGAAGGCCCCAAGGGGAGGAGAAGAGCUCAGGAAAGUUGAUAAUCAAUGACCGCAUGAUGGAUCAGACAGUAGUUAAUCAGCUGAGUGAGUUUGAAGAACAGAUGCCAAGCACCUUCCAUAGGGAAGGCAUCACAACUCAGAAAAUUAGUGUCAACCACAUGAUAAGUCCCACAAAAGGUGAUCAGUUGAGCCAGGAUCAAGAAGAGGAGAUAAACUUUAUUGAAAUGAAAAUAGGCUUAAUACCAGAACCUAUUAGUGGAAUGAUAGAUCAAACAAAAGCAGAUCAGCUGGUCCAGGAUAAAACACAAACACAGCGGAGAUGCCAUGACGAUUUACUGGAUGAGCGUCAAGGUGAAAUCAUUUUGGAGAAUUCAAAGUCCUCUGCAUGCUCUAUAUGCAAAAGUAGGCGUCCGAACAAUGCAUGGACAAAAGACUUUAAUUAUGAAGAACUCCUAGAAGCUACAGAAGGAUUUUCAAUUGAGAACUCGUUAUCAGAAAGAGAAGAUGGACCUACUUUUGAAGGCUUGCUAGAGAGACAGGUAAAAAUAGUUGUUAAGAAAUAUCAAGUUACUACAUCCCACCAAGAGAAGAUAUUAAAAUCAGAAGUACAGUUGUUCAUCAGUGCUAGACAUAAAAAUGUGGUCAUGUUGUUGGGUUUAUGCACAAAUAAAAGCCAACUGAUGAUUGUGUAUGAGCAAGUAUGCAACGGUUCACUUGAACAGUACCUAACAAGGGGAAGUUUCCAGUCAUUGACUUGGAAGCAAAGGCUGAAAGUGGCAAUGGGUACUGCCAGAGGUUUAAAGUACCUACAUGGGAAUAACAUAAUUCAUGGAAAUAUAAAACCAAGUAACAUUCUUCUAACACAUGACUUCGAACCACGGAUUGGAGAUUUUGACUUUGGAAAAGUGAAACAUGGACCAAAGAAAUCCAGCAAAGAUAAAAGUGUACGGAAUUCUGGAUAUGCAGCACCUGAGUAUGUUGAGAAUGGAAAAGUAUCAAAUAAGACAGAUGUGUACUCCUUUGGAGUGGUUCUUUUAGAGCUGAUCAGUGGCCGGAGGGCUACAGACAAAUUACCAGGUGGAAAAAGCCUUGUUGACUGGGCAAGGCCUCUACUGGGAGGAAAGAAGUACCCUAAGUUGGUGGAUCUGAAAAUCAGUAACUCCUAUGAAGAAGAAAAACUUCUAUGGUUGGUUCAAGUAACAGAACAAUGUCUCAGAAAGAAUCCUAAGGAAAGAAUAACAAUGAAUAUGGUUGUAUCUUCAUUACAAGGCAUAGAAGAAUCAGCUGAGUAUUCUGUAAUUGAAGACUCUCCUCCAGAAAACUCAUGCUUACCACAUGAUGAGCCUGCCAUGAUUAGUACACAAGGUCAAAUGAAAGCUGAUCCAGUGAAGCAGGAGCAAGAAUGGAUUGGCAGAAACCAAUAUGAGGAGGAAAGAAGCCUAAGAUUAACAGUCAUAACCAAUGACAUAAUAGGUCAGCGAAAUGCAGAUCAACUGAUACAGGGUGGAGAAGAUGUGCAGAGCAGCCCCCAUGAAGAGAUGUCCAGAGUAACAGUUAUCAGCAAUGACGUGAUUGAUGAGAAAAAUUCUAACCAAAAAAUCCAGGAAAAACUGCAGAUUAAGGGAAGCUGUGAUGAGGGUUUGAAGAAUGCGAAUGAAGCGAAAGUCAUUUUGGAGAAUUCGAAGUCUUCUGUAUGCUCAAUCUGUAGAAGUAGGCGUCCAUACAGUGGAUUGCAAAAGAAAUAUACUUAUGAAGAACUUGAAGCUGCUACAGAAGGAUUUUCAAUAAAGUAUUCUCUAUGUGAAGGUGAAUAUGGACCUGCUUUCAGAGGCCAGCUAGAGAAUAACCAAGAAAUAGUUAUUAAGCAACACACAUUCACAAGCUUACAAGAACAGAAGGUCUUUAUCUCAGAAUUCCAAUUGCUCAUAAAUGCCAGACAUGAAAAUGUGAUCAUGCUGUUGGGUUCGUGUAUACGAUUAAGUCAAUUGCUAAUUGUAUACGAGAAGGCAUGCAACGGUUCACUUGACCAGUACUUAUCAAGGCAAAGUGCUACAUCAUUGACUUGGGGAGAAAGGGUGAAAGUUGCAAUAGGUGUUGCCAGAGGUCUAAAGUAUCUACAUGAGAAUAAUAUAGUACAUGGAGGAAUAAAACCUAGUAACAUUCUUCUAAAUCAUGAGUUCAAACCAAUGGUAGGAGAUUUUGUGUUUGGAAAAGAAAGAUGUGAAUUGAAGAAUGUCUGCAAGCAAAAAAGUAUACGGAAUUGUGGAUACACUGCACCAGAGUGUCAGGAGAGUGAAGAAUUAUCAACUGAGGCAGAUGUGUACUCUUUUGGUGUAGUUCUUGUAGAGUUGAUUGCCGGCCGUAUGAUAGCAGAUAAAAUAUUAGGACAGAAAUGUCUUGUUGAAUGUGUAAGGUCACUUCUUGGACGAAGAGAGUAUCGACAGUUGGUGGAUCCCAAAGUCAGAAGCUCCUAUGAUGAACAAGAACUUGUUUCAUUGUUCCACAUAACAGAAAAUUGUCUGAAAAAGAAUCCAAAGGAAAGAUUCACAAUGAAUAUGGUUGUCUCUGCACUGCCAUGUGUAGCAAAUAGCAAUGGCCUCUAUGUAAAGGAAGACUUUUCACCAGAAAACUCAAAUGUUUCAGAUGCAAAAAACUCAAAAGGUGAAGAGGAAUCACUGAAAGAAAACAAUUUAGGAACAGAGAAUACUGAAGAGGUAAGGAUGAAUCACAGAGAAGGUGAGAAAGAGGAAUCAUUGGAGGAAGAAGAUUUAGACACAGAGAAUAGUGAAAAGGUAAGGAGGAAUCACAAAGAAGGUGAGAAGGAGGAAACACUAGAAGAAGAAGAAGAUUUAGGCACAGAGAAUAGAGAAGAAAGAGUGGAACAAAUAACUUGUAGUAGAGGCAAUAAUGAACCAGAAGUUAGUCAAGAGUGUGAUACCUACACAAAGUGUGGUGAAAUUAGUAAGAAAACAGAAGAAAAAGAAGGUUCUAGCACCAAGCUAUGUCAAAAAUGGGAAGGGUGCUUAUCUUAUGGUGGAGCUAGAAAAUUUUAUCACCAAGGGGCUCAAGAAUACACAGCAUGUAAAGAAUUUUUCGGCUGGUGUGAUUCCAUUUGAGUAUUUGUUUCAAAAUUUAAAGCAACAUUUACACAUUUGUUUUGUAACAACCUAUGAAGAAAAAAAAAAUGAGUGAAUCAUACACAUAAGUGGGAAGGAAACUAAAUUAGCAUUUCUGAGGAUUAUUGUACCUAACAACAUUUUAUACACGUACAUUUAUUUAUCUCUUACAGCAUCUUAAGUGCAUGGGAUGGGAUUUCUUUCUUGGCAUAAAACAUAGAUUAUGCAUGAGAGGAUUAUCCGUGA